AUGUUCUAAACAACCAGCAGUAUAAAUUCAUAGCAAUCUCCAAAUAGAUUUAAGUUUAAAUCUAAAGUUAGGUAAGUUAUUAGUAGAGAUUUAGUUUUUUUAAUGACACAAUGGUACCAGCAAUGACAACCAAAAUUACUUUAUAAUACAAGGAAUUUUUACGAAAUAUGAUUUCAUGUGUUUAAGAUAAAGCCUCGUUUGUAAAUUUUCCUGAAUUUGAUUAACUAAAAUCAUAACAAUUAGCAGUAUCGAUAUAGAGUUGUUAUAAUCCAAAAUAUAAGAGUACAGGAGUAGAGGAAACAAAAGAAGCAUUUUAAGAUUUAUUAGAUGAGAUAAAGUAAACAAUCAAUAGAAAGUAAUAUUAAUAUGUAUAUUUGAUAGGUAUCCCUUCAUAAAAGUAUUUCGAUAAUAAAUAAGUCAUUCUGAUCAUUACUUAUAAAUAUAACUUUAUUAGCCUGAAGUGCAUUCAGUUGUAUUGUAUUCUAGGUAAUUUUCAAAAGAGUAGAUCACUCCUAAAUUAAUAGCUGAUUUGGUGUGGCUUCAUCUUAGAAAAUUUAAUUUAACAGUCAAUGUUGAUUGUCCAAUAAAGAAUGUAGUUCCUGUUUGUGAAGAUGGAAUAUAAAGAAAUAUUUUAGAGGGACUUUAAGUUACAGUCCGUUAGAGAGAAACUCCAACAUUAUAGUCAGCAUAAACUCCAACAAAAUAAAUAGUCAUAAGAACUUCAUUUUGUUAAUAAGGAAGUGCAUAAAAAAGCGCUUCUAAACUAGAUAUUUAUAAGAGUACAGAAAACAUUAGAGAUAUAGAAAAAUCAGUAAGAGUUUAUUUUUCUCCUACUAAAUCAUAAGCAUGGAUGACAUAAACUAAUAUUUCAUAAAUUGAUCUCUCAGGUUAAAAAUAAAGAGCUUAAUCUCCUGAGAAAAAGUUUACAGUGAAAUUAUUCAGUUAAACAAUUCCAAUUAGUUGUUUUGAUGAAGCUAAAUUUAUUGAUUUAGUUUAAUAAGUCAAUGCAUAUGAAAUAGAAAUUACAGGAAAUUGUAUUUAAACAACUAAAACAUAAUUAAAUGUUGAUGAACUUUUAGAUGAUAAUACAGAUACUGUAUAUGUUUCAACUAGAGUUGAAAGGAAUGAUGUUAUCAAAUGUAUUGUUAAAGCUCCAGAAGAUGCUACUAUUAAUGUAACUAAAAAUAUUACUGAAACUUUAACUUUUGACAUUAAUGAAUAAGCUUUUGUAUUUUAUGGUAGAGACAAAUAAGAAUAUCUUAUUGAUGUUAGUAAAAAAGAUUGCUUUUCUUAAAAAAGAACUGUUUUUUUACAAGGAAACACUGAUGUGAAAAUUGAAUUCGAUUUAGUUAGUUGUGUUGAAACUACAUUAUAAUUUAGAGCUUACAAUAUUCUAUUAAGAAGUGGAUAACACAAAGAUAUUGAAAAUUGUAGACUUGAAAUAUUUUAAUCUGAUUAAGCAGAUUAAGAACCUAUUGUUGGCAUUACUAAUGAAUAAGGAUUAUAUAGUUGUCCAGGAUUAAUGUUCAAACAAGUCAGAGUUCAUGCUUAAAGAAAAGGAUUCUUAUAAGUUUCUUAUGAUUUUGAUGUUCUUGCCAAUUCUACUGGUUAACUACUUAAUAUUCCUAUGAUUCCAGAUUAUUACAGUCUUAUUAAUCAAUAUCAUAUCUUAAUUUAUGUUCCUAAUAAAAAUAACUUUUAAUUAGAUUUUGCACUUGUUUGUCCAGGUAUUUUAUUUAUUCUAUUUUAAGAUGGGGCAAAAAUAGAUUCCAAAAAUAGAUAACAUAAUAUCAUGAAAUCAAAGUUAGAGAUUAAUAGAAUUAAUUAAUAAACUAUGUUAUGGAACUUUUCUGUUCAUGUAUAAUCUUUAGAUCCUUUUUUACCUGAUAAUUGUUUUUAGUUCUUCAUUAAUAAUUAAAAACCUAAACGUACUCUACUAUGUUAAGAGCCAUUGUCACCUUAAUGUAAAGAAAAUGGAGUCAGUAGUGCUGCAAAAGCAUCAUGUUUUAAAACUGUUAAUUUGAAUGAGAUGUUUUUAAAAACUAGAGUAAUGUAAACAGAAAUUAAAACUUUUGUCAGACAAGAGAGUGAUGUGAUAGCUUAAAAGAUCAAUAAUUAUUGUGCAGAAGAAUCUGUUCGAAUAUUUGUUACAUUUGGACACAAAGUUUUGGAAACUUUUAUGAUAUAAAGCAAUUUGCUUAUGCAGAAUGAGAAAUGUUUUGGAGUGAUUGAUUGUAAGUUUUAAUGUAAAUAAUUAAAGUGGAUAAAAGAAUGUUCAUAAGAGAUAACGAGGUGAGCCAACAAAACAUAAAAAGAAAUUUAUCUAAGAUGCCUACAUUUAAAAAAGAGUUAAAAGGAGGAAAUGAGGAUAGAAUAAUGACAACAAUUUUAUCGCAUAUAACAAAUCAAAAGUUUUAGGAAUGAG